AUGGCUCUUAAGCGCAUCAACAAGGAGCUCGCUGACCUCGGCCGUGACCCGCCCUCGUCCUGCUCCGCCGGACCCGUUGGCGAAGACUUGUUUCACUGGCAAGCAACCAUCAUGGGACCCGGCGAUUCGCCGUACUCGGGCGGUGUUUUCUUCCUCGCCAUCCACUUCCCCACCGACUACCCGUUCAAGCCGCCCAAGGUCAACUUCACAACCCGCAUUUAUCAUCCCAACAUCAACUCCAACGGCAGCAUCUGCCUAGACAUCCUGCGUGACCAAUGGAGCCCUGCUCUGACCAUUUCCAAAGUCCUCCUGUCCAUCUGCUCCAUGUUGACGGACCCCAACCCCGAUGACCCUCUUGUGCCGGAAAUCGCCCAUGUGUACAAGACGGACCGGUCCCGAUACGAGGCUACGGCUCGGGAGUGGACUCGGAAAUAUGCCGUCUAA